CCCUCUUGUUCAGACUGUUUGGAGUAACAGAAGGGGAGAGAGAGUCUUUAACACUGUCUGCUGAAGUGUGUUAGUCUUUCAUUAUUGUAGGCAAACAACGCGCUGGAUUUAUUAUGAGGGAGUCACGUCUACAAGGGCAGGCAAUGCUGGCCCUUCAGGUUGAAGAAUGCUGAAUAUGAUCCUGCAGUUCCAGCAGAAGUGAACUCGACCUCAUAAAACAAACAUGAGUGACACUGUGGAGAACCUGGACACCAGGGAGCUGGGCUUCUCAGAUGCUGAAGAUGAACCUGAAGAGGUGGACUUCAAUGAGUUCAACCCCUCGGGUGAUGUCCGGAUCCCGUUCUCAGCGGUGUACAGGACAGUUGGCUUUAAAGAGGCAGAAGCCCAGGUGUACCUCACCACUGCUCCUAUAACUGCUAAGAUACUAGCGGUGGAGCGUUUCACCAGGAACCCAGACCGCUUUAAUAUCAAACACAGAAGUGUGUCCAAGGCGAUGCCAGCUGUGUUUAAAAUAGAGUUGAAGCAUGGGAACUUCACCUGGGUGGUGAAGAGAAAAGAGAAACAUUUUAUGGAGCUACACAGAGAGCUUCUGCGCUACAAGACCCUUAUGAGGAUCCCGCUGCCCACCCGAAGCCAUACUGAGAGACGGAAGAGCGUCAAAAGAAGUGAGGUGAGGCAGAUGCCCAUUCUACCUCGGGGAGGCAGAGACGAGCUGGUGCGAGAGGAGCAAGUGUCUAGCAGAAGGAAACAACUGGAAGACUAUCUAAACAAGCUGCUGAGGAUGGCAAUGUACAGAAAAUACUAUGCAACCAUGGAGUUCAUUGAUGUGAGUCAGUUGUCCUUCAUUCAAGAUUUGGGCCCAAAAGGCUUAGAAGGCAUUGUUUAUAAAAGGUCGGGAGGUCAUCGUAUUCCAGGCAUAAACUGCUGUGGCCACAAUGAAAUCUGCUACCGCUGGUCCAAGAGGUGGCUUGUUGUGAAGGACUCUUUUCUGCUGUAUAUGAAGCCGGACACGGGUGUAAUUUCAUUUGUCUUGCUGGUGGACAAUGAGUUCAGCAUUAAAAUGGACUCCAAAUACACCGAGACCAAGCAUGGCGUGAAGAUAGAAAACCUGUCCAGGAAACUGGUGCUGAAAUUCUCCAGUUACAGAAGUGCCCGCUGGUGGGGUCAGGCCAUUGAAAGCUUCGUCCGGAAACAUGGCAAGGCCUUUUUAAGGACCCACCGAUUUGGAUCUUUUGCCAGAGAGGAGGAGAACAUACCCUCGAAAUGGUAUGUGAAUGGUAAAACCUAUAUGGAGGAUGUUGCUGAUGCACUGGAGGAGGCAAAGGAGGAGAUCUUCAUUACAGACUGGUGGCUGAGCCCUGAGAUCUUUCUGAAGAGACCUGUGGUGGAGGGCAAUCGCUGGAGGCUGGACUGCAUUUUAAAACGCAAAGCCGAACAAGGAGUGAGAAUCUUCAUCAUGCUCUAUAAGGAAUUAGAGCUGGCACUCGGCAUCAACAGUGAGUACAGCAAAAGAACGCUGAUGCACCUUCACCCUAACAUCAAGGUGAUGAGACACCCCGAUCACGUGUCGUCCUCCGUCUACUUAUGGGCCCAUCACGAGAAGAUUGUAGUGAUCGACCAAUCAGUUGCUUUCGUGGGAGGGAUUGACCUAGCGUACGGCCGUUGGGAUGACCGUGAGCACCGUUUGACUGACGUGGGGAGCGUAACACGUUCUGUUGCCCAGGCAAUGGAGCAGAGUUCGAAUUCAUCCACACCCAAGAAAAAAGGUUUCUCUGGCAGUCAUUUAAUGGAUGGUGACUCAGCAGACCUGCCCAAACUAAAAGGCAUUGGUCGUACUCGCAGGGCACGGUUUAGCCUGUAUCAUCACCUGCAGCGUGGUCUUCAUCAUGCCGACAGUAUCAGCAGCAUCGAUAGCUCCAAUAAGAGUGGCUCAAUACAAAGUCUUCAGACAGGUGUGGGGGAGCUGAUGGGGAACACACGCUUCUGGCAUGGCAAAGACUACUGCAACUUCGUCUACAAAGACUGGGUUCAGCUGGAUAAGCCUUUUGAUGAUUUUAUUGACAGGUAUACGACUACCAGAAUGCCUUGGCAUGACAUCGCCUCAGUGGUGCAUGGGAAAGCGGCCAGGGAUGUUGCCAGGCACUUUAUACAGCGCUGGAACUUCACCAAGAUGAUGAAGCCAAAGUACAGAUCGCUCUACUACCCGUUUUUACUACCUAAAUCGCACAGCACAGGCAAUGAUCUGAGGUACAAAGUUCCAGAUUGUGUUCAGACCAAAGUUCAGGUUCUGCGGUCAGCUGCGGACUGGUCUGCUGGAAUCAAGCACCACGAGGAAUCUAUUCAUAAUGCCUACAUUCAGGUCAUUGCCAAGAGCAAGCACUUCAUCUACAUUGAGAACCAGUUUUUCAUUAGCUGCGCAGAUAACAAACUUGUUUACAACAGGAUUGGCGAUGCCAUUAUUGAGAGAAUCAUCAGAGCUCACAAAGACAAUAAAAGGUUUCGUGUGUAUGUUGUGACUCCUCUGUUGCCUGGCUUUGAAGGAGACAUCACUACAGGAGGAGGAAACGCACUUCAGGCUGUCAUGCAUUUCAACUACAGGACCAUGAACAGGGGAGAGUACUCUAUAAUCUCUCAACUGAAGAAAGAACUGGAUGACCAAUGGAUGAACUACAUUUCUUUUUGUGGUCUGAGAACUCAUGCUGAGCUGGAAGGCAGACUGGUGACUGAACUCAUUUAUGUUCACAGCAAGCUGCUCAUCGCUGAUGACAACACGGUCAUACUUGGCUCUGCCAACAUCAAUGACCGCAGCAUGUUGGGUAAGAGGGACAGUGAGGUUGCUGUGAUUUUUGAGGACUCUGAAACGAUGCCAUCAGUAAUGGAUGGACAAGAGUACCAGGCUGGCAAGUUUGCCCUGCAGCUCAGACUCGAGUGCUUCAAAACCAUUCUAGGUGCCUUUAGUGAUCCAACCAUCGAUGUGAGUGACCCCAUCAGUGACCGAUUCUACAAAGACGCGUGGAUGACCAUCUCGGGUCGGAACGCCACCAUUUAUGAGAAGGUUUUCCGCUGUCUGCCCUCCAGCCUGGUGCGUAACAAACAAGAGCUCCUGAGUUUCCAGUCCAAAUCUGGCCUUGACAAAGAAGAUCCUGCUAAAGCUCAAGAGCUGCUGAAGAAAAUCAGGGGCUUCCUGGUUCAGUUCCCACUGGAUUUCCUCUGUGAGGAGAACCUCAUGCCCUCGGUGGGCACCAAAGAAGCAAUGGUGCCCACUGAGAUCUGGACCUAAUGCUGCCAAUGUAAAAGACAAUCCACUUCUUGUGAUAAAAUGAAUUCAAAGGUAGACAUAUCGUUGGUUGUGAAGUUCCACACAGAGCGAAACGAAGAAGCGAAAGAUAAGUCUUUUAUCACAAACAAAUGUUCGUGUUCAUGUUGUUUUGUACCUGUUAUCAAUGUUAUGUACAUAUAAUCAAUAUAAUAUUUUAUAAGCAGCACUACUAAAAUGUAUGAAUGAAAGUUGCUUUUCUAAGAUGCCAAAACAGAAGGGCCUUUUAAAUAAAUAAUAUAAUUUUAAUGUCCAUAAGGAAGUUCCGAUUUUAUUGGUGGAUGGCCUCCCGCUCGAAGAGAAGGCUAAAGUGGAAAGUGGAAGUCCUGUCACAUGCAAUUUUGUUACUGGAGCCCAUUCUUCAGUGCGGCGUCCCCAGUGGAACAGCAUUCAUGACAGGCUGAGCCCAGUAAUAUGUGUUUUCUGUCUGUGAACCUGCUCUUAGACUGAAUCUGCUGAGGCUUUUACUGUCCGGUCCUGCCGCCUGUCUCUAAGUGUCAGAGCUCUGGGGAGAGCAGACAAUCUGUCUGUGAAUUAAAGUGCUGAGUGUCUGAGGGCCUUUGUUGCCCCUCAGCGCCCAAAAGCAAUGUGUGACUCAUCCCAUCCUACGUUCACACAUGCCACGGGUGUGUAUUUAUGAGUGUUUUACGAUUGUUGUCAUUUUUACAUUCGCCCAUGAUGUUUCAAUAUCAGGUCAGCCAUUUCCUGCAAUUACUUGUUUUUUGUUUUGUUUCUUUGGUAUUGCCACUUGUUUAGGUUGGCAUCUUAUUGGACAUUGCCACCUGCUUUUGGUGGCAUUUUAUUAUGUUUUAGCUGCUCACAGUUGUAUCUCAUUUAUCAAUCAAUUAAAGACAUAAUGUGGAUAUAUGAAUGACAAUAGCAAUUAUCGGUCAUAUUCUCAGAAUCAGUUAAAUAUAAGAGAUAAGAUCUCUCUUUCUUUGUUUUUGGGAAAAUCACUUUUUGGAUGCUAUAGAUCACUGAAUCUAUCCAGAACUAAACAAACAUGGCAGUUCUGGAGGUCUUGGUGAGAAAUUGUCCUUUAUGAAACUGCACCAUUUCAGGCAUGUCAUAUGGGCCCGGUUUCACAGACACGGCUUAGUUUAAGCCAGGACUAAGCCUUAGUUGAAAUAAGAUAUUUAUGUCGCUUUUAUAAAAAUGCCUUAGAAGAAUACAUUACUGGUGUGCAUCUUGAGACGAAACAUUGUCACUGAUAUAUUUUAAGAUAUUUCUGGGAAAGUUAUAUUCAGUUAAGACAUGUCACACAUUCAUUUUAGUCUGGGAAUGCUUUAAGCCUUGUCUGUGAAACCGGGCCAUGAUGUCUGUGAAUUGUGACGGAUAAUAUGUAGUUAAGCCUGGUUUCAGAAGAUCUUUGUACAACUCUGUAUUAAUGCAUUUGUACAGCGAUUUGCACAAAAUAAGCCCCAAAUAAAUCCUCAAAGCUAAAAAAAAGUUUUGUGAAUGCUUUUCUUCUGGGUUUACCGUACUGUAAUAACAGAUCUUAAAAUUUCAAUGUCUCACUUUCAAUUUUAACACAGAAAUCCAAUCAGAACUUGCCUUUUAGGCACCAGUUGCUGGGACAUGGGUUUUAAAAUGAUCGUGUUCUUCUGAACAUUAGUUUAAAUGCUGCUGUUUGAUGUGGGAACUGGCUCUGAUGUCUGCCCACUAUCGGUGGAAACCUGGAAGUCAUUAUGAAGCAAUUUAUAUGCAAAUCCGCCUCGUCCCCAAACGCACCUCAUUGAAGAAGGCAUCUGAUAGAGACAUCCCGACAUUAAUGACGUGCUUUGAGUGGUGUUCUGAAGUAUUGAAUCAUGUUCAAAGGUGUUGAAAUGAAGAGACUGUUUUGAUAGAUUAUCUCUCUGACCUUAAUGGCUUCUUUGGCAAUGGUCUGAAAAUCUCCACCUACUCAACACAUUCAUAUAUUCAGUGCAUUUGGUUUCCAGGAGAGUUACGUGGUCGAUUGCUGAGUUGUCAUGUCUCACUAACCACACGUGUCAUUUGAAAGCGUGAUUACUGUAUAUUGUAGUGCUCUGGUAGUGUAACAUGGCUCAUUAAGCAAAUUGUCCUCUGCUGAAAGAUACCUUUCAGGAUGAAUGUGCAUUGAUAAGUAUGCAGAGUCCGUAUGUUAAUAAUCACUCACUUUGCACUGCUCAUUAUUCUUGUAAUACACAAACAAAACAACAAAUGUAUUCGCACACCGAUUGCUAUUGGAUUCAAAUCAUUAAACAGUGAUGCAAUAUCUUUAUAUAGCUGGUGUAAAUAAAAUGAUAUGUGUGGAAAAAAACUAAAAUGUUUAUAAUUUAU